UUACGCGAAAUACGACAAUCUAAUCGAGUAAGUUCUUUCUGUUCGCUAUAAUAUGUAUAGUUGUAAGGAAAUUAUUUAAAAUAUUUUUUCCUCUUUUUUUUUUUAGGAAAAUCGCUAUGUUUUAUACUAUUCAAAACGCAUUCUGCGUGCUUUCUUUAAUAGUAGCAACAUUGAUGACUGAUUUCAAAUUAAAAAAAUUAGCGUUUCGCGCCUGGUUACCUUUCGAUUUCACUUCCUCGUGGUUUACUUUUUCUAUGACAUUCAUUUACCAGUUCGUCGGUUCAAUGGUCAUCUCCGCUGGUAUCAGUAUUUUCGACACGUUGUUCGCCGGCCUGUUGCUUCAAAUCUGUUGUCAAUUCGAGAUACUGGUGAAUCGCCUGCACAAUAUCGGAGGAGAUGAAAUUCUAUCGUUAAAACACUGCGUUCGGCACCAUAAUGCAAUAUACAGAUUCGCCGAAAUGGUAAAUAAUUUGUUUAGCAAAAUGAUGUGCGUGCAAUUUAUGGUAAGCGCAGCCGCCAUAUGCUUCAACGUUUAUCGAGUAACAGAAUCAAACGCUGGUUCGCAAUUAAUAGGCUCGUGUCUCGUAAACCAAAAACCUGUCGACUUUCUAUUUCUGCAGAGCCUCGAUAUUCCUAAUAUGAUAUAUCAUAGCGAUUGGACAAAUUUGAGCAACGACGCCAAGAAGAUGCUUAUGGUAAUCAUGGCACGUUCAUUGACGCCUGUUGAGAUUACAAGCGCCUAUAUUUUACCAAUGAACUUGGAAUCUUUCAAGGGUGUCAGUAUCUAUGUAGAAAUACAUUAUAGCAGUGAGUGGAAAAUUAGAUUAAUGCGAAUACUCAAUAAACUGAGCAAUUCGCAGUGUGAAACAGAUCUGAGCCUAAAAUACUAGGCGUAGCUAUUGUAUUAUAUUUAUUUAUAUCAUUUUCGUUGAAUCCGAAAGAUCCUACCUUUUGAAAUAGAUGGCCAUUGCUUGGAAAUUUGUUAACAGCAAUACAAAUUUUACCCAUUUGUUGA